UGGCCCCGGCGCUGGAUGGCGGCUGCGCGUUGCAAGCGUCGGCCUCGCGGAGCCUCAAGCGGGUGCCUUGGUUGGCUGGCUGGCUGACGCGCGAGGCUCGCCCACUCGCAGCGGCCUUCCGGGGAGAACUUCUCAGCCGAGCCACCGUGAAGAGACCAAACAUGUCAGGAGUCAAGAGGACUAUAGAAGAGAUGGACCCAGAUUAUGAAGAGAUUUCAGUCGUGCAUUCAAAUAAACAUCACAAAGCAGCUGAACAAUCAGCUCGAGAUGCUGCCGUGCAAAAGAUUGAGGCUAUUAUUAAAGAGCAAUUUUCAGUCGAAAUGAAGAAUAAAGAACAUGAGAUUGAAGUUAUAGAUCAGCGCCUUGUCGAGGCAAGGAGAAUGAUGGAUAAACUGCGCGCCUGCAUUGUUGCAAACUACUAUGCCUCUACUGGUCUUCUUAAAGUUGGAGAAGGGACCAAGGCAUGUGAUCCCAUGGUGUUUAACCAUCCUUCUAUCAAGAAGUUUUUGGAAUCUCCCUCCCGAUCAUCUUCUCCUGCUAAUCAAGGGUCAGAAACUCUCUCCGUUAUCCAUUCAGAGAGUGAGUCAUCUCAGCACACAGACAUUUUGACGGGAAAGGACAGUGUCAACCUGGAUGCAGAAGAGAGAUUGUCAAACAAGCUCAGCCAAAGAUUGAGCAAGAAUUCUGGUCAGGGCACUUCUGGCGAUUCAAGAGAUCACAAAGUGGGGCAGAGGAAGGCAAAUCUCUCACAUGAGGAGCAUUCGCGGCUGUUUGUGAAGAAAACUAUUGUGGUUGGCAAUGUUUCCAAAUAUAUUCCUCCUGAUAAAAGAGAAGAGAAUGAUCAGUCCACCCAUAAAUGGAUGGUGUAUGUACGAGGGUCCCGGAGAGAGCCCAGUAUCGAUCAUUUUGUUAAGAAAGUCUGGUUCUUCCUUCACCCCAGCUACAAACCCAACGACCUUGUCGAAGUCAGGGAGCCUCCUUUCCACUUGACCAGGCGGGGCUGGGGAGAGUUUCCUGUGCGGGUUCAGAUUCACUUCAAGGAUAGCCGGAACAAAAGGAUCGACAUCAUACAUCAUCUGAAGUUGGAUAGAACAUACACCGGUCUACAAACACUUGGAGCUGAAACGGUUGUGGAUGUUGAGUUACAUCGUCAUUCCCUGAGAGAGGAAUACCUCUUCUCCCACUCAUCAGAUUCAGAUCUUUCCGAUGCUUCCAACUCACUACAUUUGCCUUUAAACAUGCCAGCUCCUGUGAAGUCAUCUUCGCCAAUAAAACAAAUGCAUGAAUCUAUUGCAGAUGUUUCUGCUGAAAAAGGUUUUAAUACUGAGGCUGAAAGGCGUACAGCUUUUUAUUCCCUGACAUCAUCUUUAGAACGGACUCCCACUAAGCUCACAGCUCAGAAAGUUACUUUUGGCUCUCAUGGCAACUCAGCUUUUCAGCCCAUUGCAGCUAGUUGCAAAAUCAUACCUCAAGGCCGAAUACCAAGCCCUGCUGAAUCUCCAGGCAAGUCUUUCCAGCCCAUCACCAUGAGCUGCAAGAUUGUAUCAGGUUCUCCAAUAUCAACCCCAAGUCCGUCUCCACUCCCUCGGACCCCAACCUCCACUCCAGUGCAUAUGAAGCAAGGGACUACCACCCCAGUGGUCAAUAACCCUUAUGUUAUUGUGGACAAACCUACCCAGGCAGUUGGAGUAGUGGCCACAAGCACUGGAAAUUCUGCAAGUAAAGUUACAAAUGUUUCCCAGGCUUCUCAUGGGACGGGGUCUCCAGUCUCAAAGAUCCAUGGAAGCAGUUUUGUAGCCUCCACUGUCAAGCAGGAGGACUCGCUCUUUGCAACCAUGCCCCCUCUUUGUCCAAUUGGGAGUCACUCCAAGGUACAAAACCCUAAAUCAGUGACAGGAGGACCUGGGACAUUCACAAAGGUCAUCAUCAAACAAGAGCCUGGAGAAUUUCCCCAGCAGUCUCCAGUGCCAGCGACCGGGACAGCCUCUCAGGCUCCAGUGCAGCAAUAUGUCACCGUGAAAGGGGGUCAUAUGAUAGCUCUGUCACCCCAGAAGCAGAUUGUGAGCACAGGAGAGGGGUCAGCAUCAUCUAAGAUGGUUAGCGUUCCAGUCGGCUCAGCUUUACCAGCAACAGUCAAGCAAGCUGUGGCCAUUGGUGGCGGGCAGAUAUUAGUGGCAAAAUCCAACCCUUCAGCAGUAAAGACGGUUGGAGGAAAACAGGUUGUAACUCAAGGAGUGGCAAAAGCUAUUGUGAGUAGCGGUGGAGGGACCAUCGUUGCUCAACCAGUACAGACUUUAACAAAGGCUCAGGUUCCAGCAACAGGAGUUCCAAAGAGUGGACCCCAAGGUUCAGUAAUGGCAACACUGCAAUUGCCAGCCACUAACUUAGCCAACUUGGCAAAUCUACCCCCCGGCACCAAACUGUACCUUACUACAAACAGCAAGAAUCCUUCUGGGAAAGGGAAACUGCUGCUCAUACCUCAAGGAGCCAUUCUGCGGGCUACAAACAACGCCAAUCAACAGUCAGGCUCUUCAACAAGUGCAAGCGGAGGAACCCAAAGCACAAGCACUGGUUUAUCUCAGCAUCUCACUUACACCUCCUACAUCCUCAAACAAACACCGCAGGGCACAUUUUUAGUGGGCCAGCCAUCUCACCAGAGCUCUGCAAAGCAAGUGGCAUCAGGAACGGUUGUGCAAAGCAGUGCGAGUGCCGCAGCAUCGUCUUCACAAGGACAUCAGGCACUGAAAGUAAUAACUGGACACAAAACAGCUGCUUUAUUUGCACAGGCAGCUUCUGGUGGGCAAACUUCACUGGUGAAAAUAUCAGAUAACUCAUUGAAAUCCUUACCAGCAUCAUCACAGCUCUCAAAACCUGGCACCACAGUGCUAAGAGUAUCUGGCGGGGUGAUCACUGCCGCAACAACUCCUCCUGCGACACUUCCGUCAAAUGGAGUAUCUCAGCCUGCAGAUAGUGCAGGUUCUAACUCAUCUCCAGCUGCAGGCCCUGUAGUGAAGGCAUCUGGGCAACAACAGCAAGGGCCUGUCAGCCAAGCUCAAACAGCAUCAGCAGCGCCUAACAAGACAAGCUCAUCUGCCGUUGUAAGCAUUGCUUCUUGGGUUACUUCUCCCGCCCCAACACCUGGGAAAACGACCGUAUCAGGAGUGUUAAAGAUCCACUCUGGUCAGAAUAGCCCACAACAGGCUGUUUUGACAGUCCCCAGCCAACUCAAGCAACUCGGUGUGAGUGCUGCCUCUGGAGGGGUCCAGACUAUAUUAAUGCCUGUGAAUAAAGUGAUACAGUCACUUUCUUCCAACAAAGUGUCUGCGGUUACACCUGUAACUUCAGCUAAUUCAGCUGUUCCCAACCCUUCCACAGUGUCUGUUGCAAAAGUUAAGCUGGAGCCUGAUCCUGCGGGGCAGAGCUGCAGUUCCCUGGUUUCCCAAGACGGUGCAGUGUCAGUAAAGGCAGAAGAGAGCUCUGAACUUGGAAAUUACAUCAUUGGGGCAGAAUAUUUAGACAACCUUCAGGAGCUUUUGACAGCAAUAGUUAAGAAAGUGCCAUUAAUUGCUGAGAGAACUGAAGAUGGCAAUUCAUUCUGUGCUAGUUCUGUGGAACAGUAUUAUAGCUGGAAUAUUGGAAAACGGAGAGCUUCUGAGUGGCAACGCGCACUGACAAUAAGGAAAAUCCUCCAUGAAAUCAUAGAAAAACAUCCUAAAUUCCAUAGUAUUAGUCCAUUAAAAACCAAGCAAGUUGUCCAGUGGUGUCGCUUCCAUGGCUAUACGCCGCCUGACCCAGAAGCCCUUAGGAAUGAAGACUCCAUUGAGGAUGUGCUGACACAAAUAGACAACGAGCCAGAGUGCUUAUCUACAUACUCCGUUGGGAAAGAACUGUGUCAAAAACUCAAGGAACUGGAGCGGUUUCUCAAGGAAGAGCCCGACAAUGAUGAAGAAAUAGACAUUCUCAACAUCACCGAGCCUCUGAAAAUAAACAUUAAGAAGGAACAAGAAGAGAAGCAAGAGGAGGAAAAUUUCUAUGUGGAACCCCAGCCUGCGUCGGAGUUUGUGCGUGAAACAGUACAACAGAUAGGAAUUUCCUUACAGCCUGUAGAGCUUCACAAGAACAUAUAUUCAUCAGUAAUAGAAGAUAUGAUAUUAAAGGCUACUGAACAAUUGGCAAGUGACAUCCUAAGGAAAGCGUUGGCAAUUGGCUGCCAAACAGCUCCACGCAACAGGAGUCCAAGAGAGAUCACAGUGAUGAAUAUUCACCAAGCCAUCUGCAAUAUUCCCUAUCUGGACUUUCUCACAAACAAGCAUAUGGGAAUCAUGAGUGAUGAACAGUGAUUUGGACGGCAAAGGCAUUCAUACUGUUCUAGGUAUUUCUAAACAUGUCUUUGAAGUGCUGCAGAUUGGUUUCCUAUAAUCAGGAGUCCGCAAAGUGGGUCACAUCCAGCCCAAGCUCCCUCAAAUGUUGAAGAGGGAUGAGCUUAAUGGCGCACAACUGAGUAUUUGGCAACAUUUUGCCCUUAUUUCACCUUUUUAAGCCUAUUGUGGGCUUUUUAGAGUGUGCAUCUUUUCUUAUGAGCCUUUCUUCAAAAGAGGAAAUAACCAGAGUCGGAAAUCUGAUCUUGUCCUAGUUUGAAAACAAACCUGUGUGAAAUCGCCUGAAAAUAUGGUUGAUUUUUUUUCUUUGUUAAUUACCCUUUUGAGAAAAGCAUCAACCUUUUUUCCUAUUCUGUCCAAGAGUCAGCUGUCUGAUUUUAUUGACGGUUGCUUCUAAACCAGCUUAUUGUGAUGGUUACGAUAAUAUUAGAUCAUGGCCUAUAUUACUGGAGUUAAGUUUUAGCAUGGAAAAUAUUCAUUAAACAACCAUUUAUUAAAGUAAUCCAGUAAAUAAAAGUUAUAUCUGUGGACUUGCCAUCUCUGUUGUCGUGAUGACAAGCAAAGCAAUAAAUGAUGGAAUUAUUUGGACAUAAUGCUAAACUAUAUGUAGCAUUGGAAAAAAUGCACAGAGUCGAACCAUCCUCUGGGCACACCUGGACCCCCUUUCUCCUUGUAGCAAGGAUUUGAGAACUUUCCACCACAUAAAAACCAACCUGGAUCAAACCACGGGUCUGUUGAGUCCGGCAUUUUGUUCCCAUAGUAGCCAACCAGUUUCCUAUGAAAAGCCCAUAAGGAGGACAUCAACGCAAUAGCUUGCAUUCAUAGAAUCAUAGAGUUGGAAGAGACCUCAUGGGCCAUCCAGUCCAACCCCCUGCCAAGAAGCAGGAAUAUUGCAUUCAAAGCACCUCUGACAGAUGGCCAUCUAGCCUCUGUUUAAAAACCUCCAAAGAAAGAGGUUCCCUAGGUAUUAGAAUCUCUUCUAGUGAAUUGCAGUUUGUGUAUUAUAUGAACUCAGAGAAAAUUCAUGAAUGCUAAACUAGGGGUCAUUCCACACAGCCCGAUAUCCCUGAAUAUCAAGGCAGAAAAAUCUCACAAUAUCUGCUUUGAACCGGAAUAUAUGACAGUGUGGACUCAAGAUAUUGUGGGAUUUUCUGCUUUGAUAUCCUAGGAUAUAGGGCUGUGUGGAAGGGCCUAAGGCUGCUGGAAACAAACCAGCGCCAUACUAUAGUUAAUGCAUUUCAUUUUCAUUAACUGUAGUUGAGAUUAACCACGGUUUAGUAUAGUGGUUCUCAACCUGUGGGUCCCCAGGUGUUUUGGCCUAUAACUCUCAAAAGUCCCAGCCAGUUUACAAGCUGUUAGGAUUUCUGGGAGUUGAAGGCCAAAACAUCUGGGGACUCACAGGUUGAGAACCACUGGUUUGGUAGAACACUGAAGGCGGUUCUAAAAUGGAAGCCAAACCUUCCAGUCUUCUUAUGUCCAAGUCAUACUGGAGCCAUGGUAGGAUUGUGUUUGUUAGGUUAGUUCCAGUCCAGUCAGAGAUCUGAGUCCAGUCAGAGAUCUGUGAAAAGAAGACUUGUCCUGGUCUGAAUUUUAGACUGGUACAUAGAGAAGCAGCAAAACAGUUCUGAUGUAACAUGGCAAGCCAGACCUGGCAAACUUUCAGAUGCUUGCCUUCUGUAGGCUGGGAAGCCAUCCAACAUGACUAAUAUGAAAUCAGCUGUUAUGAGGAAAUGGUUGAACACCCUCAUGUCACUUGCCUGGCUUGUGCUUUCUGCUGCAAGAAAUAAUUUUCAGUCUGGUUUCCUGUGAGCUGCCAAAAACUGAGAUCCUUGGCCAGCAAAAAUAAAAAAGAUUGAAUCACAACAGGAAGCUUUUUUUAGAUAGUCAAAUCUGUUCAAAUCUUAAUUAUUUUUGCUUGUUGAUUCUAAUACAGUAGAGUCUCGCUUAUCCAACCUUCGCUUAUCCAACAUCCCAAAUUAUCCAACUCGCCUUGGCUGCUUCUGGCUUGGAAGAAUAAAAACAAGGCUCUUCUCUUCCUUAGAGAAUUGCAAUGAGUCUCCCCUUCCUUCCUUCCUUCCUUCCUCUCUUCCUUUUCUGUUUUCUGCUCUGGACUCCACUUUCCUCCUUGCUGUCUCUCUUUUCCCUGGGGCCUUGCAUUCAGCUCAGGCAAGGCUUCGAGGAAGUGGCCUCUGCACAGGUAAACAGGGAGCCCUGUUUACCUGUGGAUGCUCCGCUGGCCUUGCUCUCUGACACUCUUGACCUUGGCACCCAUCAUCGCCUUGUCCCCCUCCCUGCAGCCCCAGCCCAGCUCUCUCUCUCCCCAUCCCUCCCUCCCUCUCACCAGUAGCAGAAAUGUUCGCUUUAUGAAAGAGGAAGGGAAAGAAAGAAAGAAGUGGGCAUUGAAGGCGGGAGGCAAGAAAAGGGGGGUCACAUGCAGAAGGAGCCUGGAAGUGAUGUCAAGAGCCCCUACUCCCUCCCUCCCUCCCUCCUGCCUUUGCUCAGGGUUAUUAGGCUUAAUCCCUCCAUAUUAUCUGACAUUUUCGCUUAUCCUAAGGUUCUGGCGGCCCAUUUAGGUCGGAUAAGCAAGACUCUACUGUAUCUCAAAUUGUGUAGAUCCAGUCUUGCGAGUUCCUGACUAUAGGUAUUACUACAGCAUUAAUAAAGCAGGCAAAAAGGAACAAAGCUUUUCCCCCCACAAUAAAUGGGUUUCCUUCAAGAUCUGCCAGUUUUCAUGCAUGUGAUUCCUAGCAUUAUUGGAGGGAUUAGGAACUCUUUGAGUCCAUAUAUAGAUUGGGAACUACUGGUUUCGAGUAAGGAACCCUACAUGGGGAGCAACAGAACAUGUGGAUUUCCCUCAUCACACAAACACACACACACACAUAUAUAUCUGAUGAGGGAAAUCCACAUGUUCUGUUGCUCCCCAUGUAGGGUUCCUUUCUCUACACUAGUGGUUCCCAAUCUUUGGUCCCCCAGGUGUUUUG